AUUUGAGUAACAUAGUUUACUUGCCUUACCAUAUACAUGCAUAUAGAUAAUGGAAUCUUGGGAGGAUGAAGUUAGGAGAUUCAUGCUAGAGGAGGAAGAAAAGGAUGACGAACUAUUCCUAGUUAUGGUUCCCGCUCUUCAGCAGUGUUUAUAUGAGGAGAAAAGGUCGGAGCAUACCUCAACUCUGCCUGGUGCUGAAAAGGUCAUACAAAUCUUGGAAGGCCACGAAAAUUGGUGCAAAGUGGAGUUCAGAAUGGAGCCUGAGAUAUUUAGAGUUAUAGCAAAUUAUCUUAGAGUGGAGAACUUAUUACGUGACACCCGUGGUGUAAGAGUUGAGGAGCAGCUAGGAAUGUUUAUGUUCAUGCUCUCUCAUAAUGCAAGCACCGAUAGGCUAAAAAAGGAAUUUCGACAUAGUGGUGAGACAAUUCAUAGGAAAAUAAUAGAGUUCUUCGAUAUAAUUCUAGCAUUGACUCGUAGAUUCUUGAAGCUCCCAAAUGUGAGUCAUACACAUGUGAAGAUUGCAUCAGACUCUCGCUUUAUGCCUUUCUUCCAGAACUGCAUUGGGGCCAUUGAUGGCACUCAUGUUCCUAUCACCAUUGCACAAGAAAGAGCCGCUCCCUACAGAAAUAGGAAGGGAACCUUGUCACAGAACGUCAUGUGUGUAUGUGACUUUGAUUUAAAUUUCACUUUUAUCUCAUGUGGUUGGGAAGGAUCUGCAUCCGAUGCAGGGGUCUUACGGUCUGCACGUGCGAAGGGUUUUCAUGUGCCUGUGGGGAAGUUCUACCUUGUAGAUGGUGGAUACGCAAAUACUUUCUCAUUCAUUGCUCCAUACUGA